AUGUGCACUAAAAUGGAACAACCUUUCUACCACGACGACUCAUACGCAGCAGCGGGCUACGGCCGGGCCCCUGGCGGCCUCGCUCUACACGACUACAAACUCCUGAAACCCAGCCUGGCGCUCAACCUGGCCGACCCCUACCGAGGCCUUAAAGCGGCCGGCGCGCGGGGCCCCGGACCAGAGGGCAGCGGAGGCAGCAGCUACUUUUCCAGCCAGGGCUCGGACUCGGGCGCUUCGCUCAAGCUCGCCUCGUCGGAGCUAGAGCGCCUGAUCGUCCCCAACAGCAACGGCGUGAUCACGACGACGCCCACGCCACCGGGACAGUACUUUUACCCCCGCGGGGGUGGCAGCAGCGGAGGUGCAGGGGGUGCAGGGGGAGGUGUCACUGAGGAGCAGGAGGGCUUCGCCGACGGUUUUGUCAAAGCCCUGGACGACCUGCACAAGAUGAACCACGUGACGCCCCCCAACGUGUCUCUGGGCGCCAGCGGAGGUCCCCCGGCCGGGCCCGGCGGCGUCUACGCGGGUCCGGAGCCGCCUCCGGUCUACACCAACCUCAGCAGCUUCUCCCCGGCGUCUGCACCCUCUGGCGGCGCCGGGGCCGCCGUCGGGACCGGGAGUUCGUAUCCGACGGCCACCAUCAGCUACCUCCCACACGCGCCGCCGUUUGCCGGCGGCCACCCUGCGCAGCUGGGCCUGGGCCGUGGCGCCUCCACCUUCAAGGAGGAACCACAGACAGUGCCGGAGGCGCGCAGCCGCGACGCCACGCCGCCGGUGUCCCCCAUCAACAUGGAAGACCAGGAGCGCAUCAAAGUGGAGCGCAAGCGGCUGAGGAACCGUCUGGCGGCCACCAAGUGCCGGAAGCGGAAGCUGGAGCGCAUCGCGCGCCUGGAGGACAAGGUGAAGACGCUCAAGGCCGAGAACGCGGGGCUGUCGAACACUGCCGGCCUCCUCCGGGAGCAGGUGGCCCAGCUCAAACAGAAGGUCAUGACCCACGUCAGCAACGGCUGCCAGCUGCUGCUCGGGGUCAAAGGGCACGCCUUCUGAGCGCCUCCCCGCUAUGUACGGACACCCCCUCCAGCCUGGACGGCUGGGCGCACGCCUCCCAGGGGGGGCGAGGAGGCAGGCGAUGGACACCGGCCCCGGGGCCUAGGGGCGCCACAAACCACACUGGACUCUGGCCUGCUGGCUCUCGCCCAAUCCUUCCACCUCGACGUUUACAAGCUGCCCCUUCCACGUUUUUGUAUGUUUUUUUUUCUCUUCUAGAAACAGACUCAAUUCAUAUUGAAUAUAAUAUAUUUGUGUAUUUAACAGGGAGGGGAGGAGGGGGCGAUGGCGGCGGAGCUGGCCCCGCUGCCUGGUACUCAAGCCCGCGGGGACACUGGGGAGGGGACCUCGCCCCCUGCCCUCCCCCCUCUGCACUAUACUGUGGAGUGGAAACACGCUUGGUUUAUUUUAAGAUGUGUUUGUGUGUGUGUGUGCGUUUAUUGUUCUGACUUUUUAUUGAAUUUAUUUAAGUAAAAAAAAAAAUAGUUCUUUAUUAAUUUCUGGAGUCUUUUUUUUCUAAGCCGGGCGGGCGGAGGGAGGAGAGUACUGGGCGGCCCUCACCCCACCGCUGUUUGGGGCUCACUCCAGUGCCUGCAUCCCCCUCUCCAGCCCUGUCCAGCCAUCUUAAUGUCCCAGCCUAGCGGUCCGGCCCUCAUAUCCUGAGCUGGGUGGUCCCCGGGGGUUGGAAGGUGCGGGACGCGGUCAGUGUCCCAAGGGCGCGACGCGAAGUGCGCAGACGCGGCCCGCCCAGCCCCGCGCGCCGGGGCUUUCCCCGCUGACGCAGCGGAAGCGCUGCCCAUACAUGGACCGAUUCUGCCCAGUGACGCGCUGGCGGUCUCCGGGCAGAUUCCGGGAAUCCCCUCCCCCGCUCUGCCGGGCAGGGCCGCAGCGCCGGGAAGGGGGCCGGGAUUUUCCCGGGCAGGCGUCUGCCCGGGCCCGGAAAGCCCCAGGCCUGGGUCCAGAGCGCCCGGGGUGGGCGGGCCGCGCUCCCGGGCCCCGGGAACCACCCGCAGACUCCCCCAUUAGGCUGGCGCCGGAGCCUGGUCGCGUCCACGCCCCCUCAGUCUGACCUGACCCAGGCAGGGGAUCGCUGUAGCCUCCGCGCCGUUGCCGCCGCUGUCCUCCACCCUGCCCCCGCCAGGAAGGGCGGUGCCCGCCUGACUGUUUCCCCUCCCGGGUGCCAGGCCGAGAGCGGGGUGACUGCCAGGACUGGUCCUGCCGCGGCAGCUGCUUGGGCCGCCGGGCAUCGCCACCGCCCUCGCACGGGGCUCCCUCCCCCGCUACUGGAACGGGUGGGGGGCGGCUGCGGCAACAGAUGGAAGCCUCCAGAGCAGCGAAGGAAAACAGAGAGAAACCAGGCCAUAGGGGUGGGGUGCGUAGAACAGGCACUUCACUAACUCGUUUAUAAAAUACUGAGCAGAGUCUGGAGACGUAACCUGGACCACGGCAGACAGGCAAUAAACAAUCAAACAUUCCGUGAUGGUGGUAAGUGCUAGGAAGAACAAAAAACAGAUCCAGGUCGUAGAGUGAUGGAACCAUAGAGGGUGUAUUGAGAGGGUGGACCUUUAGCGAGGCAAUUUUUCAGCAGAUUUGAAGGAGGUGGCCUGGAGAAAAUCCCGGGAAGAGUGAGUGUGCGAGGCAGGGGGAACAGCACUUUUGAAGUUCCUGUGGCCAGAAUAAAAUCAGCCUGUUAAGAAACAGCCAGAAACUCAAGGGUGGCAAGAAUUGAGUGAGCCACAGGUGGGGUAGAUGAGGGCAGGGAAGGCCAGUCAGGCCUCAUAAGCCUUGGAGGGGAGCGUAGAUUAAAUUCCGAGGGAGAUGAGUGACACUUGGAGGGGAUUAGGCUGGGUAACAAUGUCAAUAAUCUGUGGGUUAAAUGUGUAUAUCAGCCUAGUUCUGUGGAAGGAAAUUGGGGCUCAGAGUGGCAAAGUCACUUGUCUGAUCCUACACAGCAUCAGACUAUGCGGCAGCGUGGUAACCAUUGGGAACACUGCCUUGCUCCUAACACCUGCCCCUUGCCUAACGCUCACCCUUCCACCCUUCACCCUGUCACCCUUGCCAAGGAUAGACAGGCAGCCCUUCCAGGCUGGAGUUGAACAGAGCCUGCAGCAGGGGCUGGGCAUGUAGCUCAGGACUGGGUCCCAAAAGACUGGACUCGACUAGGCUCUGUCCUGCCAAAGGCAACCAUCCUAGUAGCCAUUCACUGGGCCUUAAGCAGGGACCCAGCCCUGGGCUUCACAUUAUCUCCUUUAAGCAUAGUGAUAUGGCUUGAUUGUCUUUACUUCCAGUCACCCAGGGAAGAUCACAGCUAUUAAAGG